CACAGAGUGGAGCAGGAGCCCUGAGCUGCUCUUACCUGCUCUGCAGCGCAGGGGCAGGCGGAGAGGAAGGAAGCUCAGAAGAAGAGAGGGAGCCAGAGAAGGGAGUCCAAAGGAGGGGAAGAGAAAGCAGGCAGGGCAUCCCCUGGGAGGGACGAGGGAGGGGGCCAGCCAGCCAGAAACAGGGGGAACAGGGGAAGGAGAGGUCCUCAGGGAAAAGCAAGGGGAGAACAGCUCUGGGGAGCCGAGGGGCCAUCAGCCUCUGAUGCCAAGCAUUGCCGAAGGGUGCUGAGUGGGUACAGCCAAGUGGAGCGGCUCUUGCGGUCCCCUCCCAGCACUCAAGAUGAUGAAAAAGCAGAUCAAUUGGAUGCGGCAGCAGUUGUCCCAUCCCAACAUCACCAGCCGAGCCCAAGAAGCGACGGAGUUGCUGCCAGCUGAUCUGCUGCAGAUUGAACAGAGAAUUGAGCCAGCCAAGCGAGCAGCUCACAGCGUGUCCAAGAGGCUGCAAGCCUGCCUGCAGGGGCAGUGCGGCUCCGAGAUGGACAAGCGAGUGAAGAAGCUGCCUUUGAUGGCUCUAUCCACAACGAUGGCUGAGAGCUUCAAGGAACUGGACACAGAGUCUAGCCUUGGGAGAGCCCUGGAGAUGGGCUGCUGCAUAGAGAGCUCACUGGCCAAAAUCCUGGCUGAGUUUGAGAUCAUCCUGGAGCGCGAUGUGCUGCAGCCACUCAACAAGCUCAGUGAGGAGGAGCUUCCCAUCAUCUUGAAGCGCAAGAAGACCCUCCAGAAGCUGAUUUCUGACUGGAACACAAUCAAGAGCCGGCUGAACCAAGCUGCCAAGAGCUCCAGUAUCAGUGCUGGCACUGGUGCUGGCCCAGGGGCAUCUUCUGCUGCCAACAAACUGGAGAUCUUGAAGGAGGAGGAGGAGGAGGUGAAGAGGAAGGUGGAGCAGUGCAAGGAUGAGUACAUGGCUGACCUGUACCACUUCUCCACCAAAGAGGACAGCUAUGCCAGCUACUUCAUCAAACUGCUGGAAAUCCAAGCUCAAUACCACCGGCAGUCCCUCGGAUCUUUGGACUCGGCUCUGGCAGAACUGAAGGAAAGCCACAGCCAGACAGAGCCCUCCUUCAUUGCAGACACCCCAGUGGUGGGGUACUACGGUGUGCCCCUAGAGACACACCUCAAAAGCUUGGGCCGGGAGAUCGCACUGCCCAUCGAAGCGUGUGUCAUGAUGCUGCUGGCCUCUGGCAUGAGGGAGGAGGGCCUCUUCCGGCUGGCAGCUGGUGCCUCAGUGCUGAGGAAGCUGAAGAGCAGCCUCGCCAGUGGCUCCAAUACGCUGGAAGAGUUUUACUCAGACCCCCACGCCGUGGCCGGUGCACUGAAGUCCUACCUGCGGGAGCUGCCCCAGCCUUUGAUGACCUUCGAGCUCUAUGACGAGUGGCUCCAGGUGGCCAGCUUAAAGGACGAUGAGAGCCGCAUACAGAGCCUGCGGGACACCUGCAGCCGCCUGCCCCAUGAGAGCUACAACAACCUGAGGUAUCUGAUCAAGUUCUUAGCCAAGCUGGCCGAACACCAGGAGGUGAACAAAAUGACCCCCAGCAAUAUCGCCAUCGUGCUGGGCCCCAACCUGCUGUGGUCACAGCAGAGCACAGGAGACCCAAUGCAGCUGGACUUGGCCUCGGUCUCCUCCAUCCAGGUGGUCAGUGUGGUUGAAGCCCUCAUCCAGAACGCAGAUACCCUCUUCCCUGGAGAGGUAGAUUUCAAUGUGUCGGGCAUGUUCAUGCCGCCUGCAAACAGCAGACUCAGUGAGGCCAUCCCAGGGGAAGAGUUGGCCCUUGAUGUCACUCCAGCCAGCACCCCCACUCUCCCAGAUGGAGAGGUCACCUCGAGGGAUCCUGAGCCCAGUUCAUCCCCAGCAGUGACCAGUCCAUCUCCUGAAGAAGCAGAGCCACCAGUUCCAACGCUGACUGAUGACACUGCGUGCAAAGGCAAGCGUCCGGCUCCAGCCCGACCCAUGAUGGCUCCCCCACCUGUGGCCCAGCCCCGCAGCACAGCCCCCAAGCAGGCAGCCGGCCCCAAAGCCCUGCCACGACGGAUGGUGGGGGCACCCAGCCGAGCCCCCUCCGUCCCACCGCCGCUCCCACCACAGCCAGCAAGCCGCCAUAGCCACGAUGCCCCAUCACUGUCCACCACGCCUCAGGCCAGCGAGGCCAAUGCAGCGAUCACCGUGGACUGUGGCCCCAGAACCGUGGAUGAGGGGCAGCCGAUGCCUGAGGGUAGGAGCCCCCUGACCACAUUGCCCAUGCAGAACUGAGCAGGGAACAGGAUGGGGUGCAGUGCGCCCCGGGACCCAGCGAGCACUGUGGAAACACCGGGGUGGCCUGAGGUGCCUCUCCAGCUCCUCCAUCUGGCUUAUCUCCUGCCUCCCCUUACUCUCCCGUCUCCACAGCCUCCUUCCCUGCACCACCAUGUCCGUGCUGGGCCCAGCCAUUGCUGAGGGACUCCGGGUUCUGCUCAGGUCUCCAUGGGGACCUGGAAGGGCAGGGGAUGGAUUGCAGGAGGGCAGUUCUGGGGCUGGCAUGGGCAGGUUCUUCUGCAGGCACACAGCACUCAUCACAGCCCCUUCUGCCCCAUUGUGCCAUAAAAUGUGUUGCCUCAGGAACAC